UCCUCGGUCUACGUGCGGCAGUGCUUCUCGGCUGGUUGGUGUGGCGGCAUGGCAGCGAGCGCGGGCCCUGGUGGGGACUCCGAGGAGAGGCGGCCGCUGGAGGAGGUGGCCUUCCAGGCUAGCGAGCAUCAGCACAUCAGAUACAACCCACUGCAGGAUGAGUGGGUGCUGGUGUCUGCUCACCGAAUGAAGCGCCCCUGGCAGGGGCAGGUGGAUCCCCUUCCCCCUGAUGAUGUGCCUCGGCAUGAUCCCCGAAACCCCCUCUGUCCCGGGGCAACUCGGGGCAAUGGAGAGGUAAAUCCCCACUAUGAGGGCACUUUCCUAUUCAACAAUGACUUCCCUGCCCUGCAGCCUGAUGCCCCCAGUCCUGGACCCAGUGAUCACCCCCUGUUCCAAGCAGAAGCUGCUCGAGGAGUUUGUAAGGUCCUGUGUUUCCAUCCCUGGUCUGAUAUCACACUGCCGCUCAUGUCUAUACCUGAGAUCCGAGCUGUCAUUGAUACAUGGGCCUCAGUCACGGAGGAGUUGGGUUCCAAGUACCCCUGGGUCCAGAUCUUUGAGAACAAAGGAGCUAUGAUGGGUUGUUCCAACCCCCAUCCCCACUGUCAGGUGUGGGCCAGCAGCUUCUUGCCAGAUGUGGCUCGUCGGGAGGAACGGAGCCAGCAGGCCUAUCAGAAGCAGCAUGGAAGCCCCAUGCUUCUGGAGUAUGGGCGUCAGGAAGCUGAGAGAAAGGAGCGAGUGGUCCUAGAAAGUGAACACUGGCUGGUGCUGGUGCCCUUCUGGGCUGUCUGGCCUUUCCAGACCUUGUUGCUGCCGAGAAGACAUGUGAAGAGACUUCCUGAGCUGAGUUCUGCUGAGCGGGAUGAUCUGGCCUGCAUCAUGAAGAAGCUCCUGACCAAAUAUGACAAUCUGUUUGAGACAUCUUUCCCCUACUCCAUGGGCUGGCAUGGUGCUCCUACAGGGCCGGAAGCUGAGGCUGACUGCAGUCAUUGGCAACUCCAUGCUCACUACUAUCCACCACUACUGAGAUCAGGCACUAUCCGAAAGUUCAUGGUUGGUUAUGAGAUGCUGGCUCAGUCUCAGAGGGACCUGACCCCAGAGCAGGCUGCACAGCGAUUGAGGGCGCUACCAGAAGAUCAUUAUAGGCUUCGACCGAAGGAUGCUGCCUGACUGUGGCCCCCAGAAGGAGUCCAAAAUUAGAAAUGCUUCGAAGCUGUCAGCUCCCUUAUCUUACAGGAUGGAGGAGGGGUCUUGAGCUGGCAAAUAAAUCCUUUGUCCCUGUC